UGCGAUCGAUAUUUGCGAGAUUUCUCCUCUACAAUUCUAACAAUGGCCAGAUAUAACGACGGCAUUACUCGGUGAUCAAUCUACAAGAUGGCGACGUCUCAGAAACUGGAGGAACAUUUCCUCACAUGCACCAUAUGUACAGAGGUGUUUGACAAUCCAUGCACCCUUGUUUGUUAUCACACAUUCUGUCGGAAAUGUGUCGUCAACUACACCAAAACCAAACCGGAAGCUAUCAAUGUCAAGUCUCUGCUGUGUCCUUUCUGCAGCAAGAUGACGAAAGUGAGUGCCCCUGAGAGACCAAUAGAUGAGUGGGCGGAUGACGUCAAACCGAGCUUUGUCAUCCAGGGGCUGCUGGACACUUUUGGCCCCGGAUGUAAAGAUACGAAGAAAUGCACAUGCUGUAAUCGUGAAGGGGAGACAACUCCAGCGACUGUGUGGUGCUCGGAAUGCGAUGACGCUAUGUGUGACGUAUGUGCUAGGGCACACAGUCGCAUCUCAUCCACUCGUCAUCACGACACAACUGACUUGACUAGUGAGGCCAUUAUCCCCAGGAAACGAAACAUCAAGUGCAAAGAACACAAGGAUGAAAACAUCAAAUUCCUGUGCAAAGAUUGCAAGAAAGUCACCUGUCACACCUGUUGUGUUAUCUAUCACAGGAAAUGUGAAUCAGUCGUCACACUGGAGUCGGAAUUACCUGCAUUAAAGUCCCAGCUGUUGAAUAUGAAGGAAACUAUUUCGAAGAAGCAAAUCCAAAUGGAAGCAAAAGUUGAUGCUGUUAAAGUGAACGUGGUUUCUGAAACAGCUCGAUAUGCCAAAAUGGAACAUGACAUCACGUCUUUUGGUAACAACGCGAGAAAGAAGAUAACUCUCAUGGAAAAUAAACUCCUUCAUAAACUGAAAGAAGUUUCCGAAAACCACAUAGAACAACUGACAGCCGACAUAAAGUCGAGUGAAAUAUCAGUGCAUAUGUACCGACAACAGACUGAGCUGAUAGACCAGAUUUUACGAUCUGAGUGUGACAUGGACGUGUAUGAGAUGUAUCAGGGAUGUGAGGCCGGUGAUGUGGAGGUUGUUGGAGACGUGGACGUGAAGAAGAGGGGGAGGAUAGCCAGGAUCAUGUUAAUACAGAACGGAGACAUGCUGAGUAGAGCUCUGGACGAUCUACAGCUGGGUGAGAUAGAUGUCCAGUAUGACGGUAUGGUGAACUUGAAGACAACACCUAUAUCUCAAGACAACAGUAACGUGCUGAACCUGAAGGCUGCUCCUGUGUUACAGGACACCAGUAACGUGCUGGACCUGAAGCUGUUCCUGUGUCACAAGACACUGGCUGCUCCUGUGUCACAAGACCCUGGUAACGUGGUUGACCUGAAGGCUGCUCCUGUGUCACAAAACCCUGGUAACGUGGUGGACCUGAAGGCUGCUCCUGUGUCACAAAACCCUGGUAACGUGGUGGACCUGAAGGCUGCUCCUAACACCAUUAACGUUAAGGUAGAUGGAGACGAGAAAAAUGUAAAUCCUGCUGACUUAACAGUGUUGCCUGUGAAUGGUACAUACACAGUGGUUGUAACAGACUACAAGAACAACAGUGUGAAGUCCUUCUACACCAGGAACAAACAACGACGUCACAGCAAGCUCAGCCUGGGAGGUAGACCGUGGGGUAUAACAAGGCUGAAAGAUAACCAGGUGGCUGUCACCUUGCCAGGUAGCAGACAGAUUGUAGCAGUUCAAGUGAACCCUGACCUGGUGCUGCUGUCGACCAUCACAACCAGGAAGCAGUACAGGGGUGUAACGUCUCUGACACCAUCAACACUAGCAGCAGGUUCUUAUAGAUGUGUGGAUAUUCUGGACAUGGAAAGGAAAUCAUAUAUACUCCUAACGUUCUUUGUACAACAAGAACAGGAAACAUCCUUGUGUCGGAUGGCGGUUCCGGGCGUGUCCUGUGCCUAA